AUGCAAGUAAAAAUCACAAAAACAAGUAUGCCCCUCACCAUACCGGCCGCCGAGGACAACGAAUUCAAAGAAGCCAAGUACACAAUUCAGAUGCCUCAAUGGUUCAUUGAUCCCAACAAAAUCGAUUGUGAAUUAGUGAUAAAGAACAAAAAGGAAGGAUUCGGCGGUUUUUAUAAAAAAUGCACUGAUAAACAGGGAUACAUGCGAGUGGUGUUUGUUCAUCAUGCGACCGGCGCAGAGAACGCCGUCAAAUUUUUGAAGUGUGAAUCUUGCUCGAGCAUUAUAGGAGAUAACGGUGGCCAUUUGCAGCGCCACCAGAAAAAACACAGUACAUCUGGAAAUUCUACGUCCCGUAUCGUUUUGAAUGCUUCAAAACUGGAUGUAUCGAGAUUGCUGUCACGAUUUUUUGCCACCACUGGAAGGCCAUUGCACGAAAUGGAAAAUUCUUCGUUUAGAACGUUGCAAGCGAAUGGAUCCAACAUCAGUACCAAUGUCGCUUAUUCCCAGCAGAAGUUCUACGCGACGGUAUACCUUGGAAAACUGGACAAUGAAAUUGCAAAGUUGCGAACUCUGGUGAUAAUCGACUCAUGGCCAUUUGUAAAAGGGAAUUUUCAGGUGUUGCCUAUUGCGAAAUCGGGAUACCUAUCGUUCAUGGCUGAUUUUGGUCGAGUUCACGAAGAUUUUUUGUGCCUGAAGGCUUCUUAUUUGGAAGAAAGGAUUGACGAAGAUGGUAGUCUGAAAUGGGUGACACUCGUCGUUCCAAUCGCCUAUAUGUCAGUGUCCGGAGAUGUGAAAGAUGCGAAUAAUAUUUUCAUUAUGAUCAAACAAGCCGUUUUGAAUUUUUUUGGCGAAGAUUUGGAUUUGAAGACUGCAUUUUUAACAGCGGACGGAGCUCAUAAUAUUCGUCGCUGUGCAACAGAUCAUUUUAACCAAUAUGUCCGCUGCUUCGCUCAUGCGACUGAUAUCAUUGGAAAACGAACACUGCUUCCUUAUAAAUCAACAAUAGUUUCCCCUCUUGAACGAUCGAUUUUGAAAAACUAUUCCGAUCUCCUGGAAUUGUGUCGACUGUUCACAAUGAGUCUCAAAAAGGACCGAGCGUUGUACAAGGAAAUUGGCGUGUCUCUUUUGGAUGUAGUCCCAACACGAUGGUUCUCUGGAUUUAAGUGUCUUGUUGCGGUUUACAAAAACAUUGACAAAUUAGGAUCCUUUAUUGCCGAGAUGACCCCAACUUCUGCUUCGCACCUGGACGAACUGCUAAAAAUAGAAAAUAGAAUCAGAUACAAAGAACUAUCUGAUGUAAUGGGUCCAUUACUACAAUCGAAUACAUAUUUCCAGGAGAAUUCGGACAGUUUGAAAGAUGUGGCUGUGUUUGUCGUUAGCUUAAUGGAUGAAUUUGAUCGAUUUUCGGUAGCUGGAGAGAAAGAGGUUCUUGUCAAAUUCGCGAAACAAGCAACGAGAAAAAUGUGCACAGAUCUCGAUACCAUUCAUUUUGUAGCCACCUAUUUGAAUCCUCCGUCUAAAGAUUUACAUGAGUUACAAUUGAGAUACGAUCGGCAUCAGGAGAAUUCGGACAGUUUGAAAGAUGUGGCUGUGUUUGUCGUUAGCUUAAUGGAUGAAUUUGAUCGAUUUUCGGUAGCUGGAGAGAAAGAGGUUCUUGUCAAAUUCGCGAAACAAGCAACGAGAAAAAUGUGCACAGAUCUCGAUACCAUUCAUUUUGUAGCCACCUAUUUGAAUCCUCCGUCUAAAGAUUUACAUGAGUUACAAUUGAGAUACGAUCGGCAUCAGAUUCCGAUUGAUAUCGUGAACGAUGCUCAGAAGCUUCUGGACGAUUUGGGAAAAAGUUUUGAGGAAAUGAGAUAUCAGGCGCCACCACAAAGCCAACCACCUGCACGUCAUCUCACUUUCCUUCAACGUACUCUGGGCGGAUCAAGCGCCCCAAAAAGCAGUUCGCUUCAUCAAGAACAGCAGCAAUACGAGAGAGACACCAGAAGUAUGCCUGCAUCGAAAUUUUGGCCUCUGGCAAAAAGCUCCUAUCCAAUUUUGCACGAAAUCGCCCGAAAAGUUCAUGCGAUUCAAGCUUCGGAAGCAGAUGUAGAAAGAUCUUUUUCAAUCAUAAAAAACUUGUACACACCAAAUCGUCAGAGCCUGGACUUAAAAAUGCUGGAAAAGUUGAUGAUUUUCAAAGAAAAAGAUCGAUUCGACACAGGCGAGACUUGA